AUGAGAGGCAGAGGGGUUGAUAGAACAGGUGGCUUCCCUGACCUCCCUUCCCCUCCCCUCCCCUUCUGCCUCCCUCCCCCUCCCUUCCCCCUCUGCCUCCCUCCCCCUCCCCUCCCCUUUUUCCUCCCUCCCCCUCCCUUCCCCCUCUGCCGCCCUCCCCCUCCCUUCCCCCUCUGCCUCCCUUCCCGUCCCUUCCCCCUCUGCCUCCCUCCCCCUCCCUUCCCCCUCUGCCUCCCUCCCCCUCCCUUCCCCCUCUGCCUCCCUUCCCGUCCCUUCCCCCUCUGCCUCCCUUCCCCUCCCGCCCUCCUCUGCCUCCAUCCCCCUCCCUUCCCCCUCUGCCUCCCUCCCCCUCCCUUCCCCCUCUGCCUCCCUCCCCCUCCCUUCCCCCUCUGCCUCCCUCCCCCUCCCUCCCCGCUCUGCCUCCCUCCCCCUCCCUUCCCCCUCUGCCUCCCUUCCCCUCCCUUCCCCCUCUGCCUCCCUUCCCGUCCCUUCCCCAUCUGCCUCCCUUCCCCUCCCUUCCCCCUCUGCCUCCCUCCCCCUCCAUUCCCCCUCUGCCUCCCUCCCCCUCCCUUCCCCAUCUGCCUCCCUCCCCCUCCCUUCCCCCUCUUCCUCCCUCCCCCUCCCUUCCCCCUCUGUCUCCCUCCCCCUCCCUUCCCCCUCUGCCUCCCUUCCCGUCCCUUCCCCCUCUGCCUCCCUCCCCCUCCCUUCCCCCUCUGCCUCCCUUCCCCCUCUGCCUCCCUCCCCCUCCCUUCCCCCUCUGCCUCCCUCCCCCUCCCUUCCCCCUCUGCCUCCCUUCCCGUCCUUUCCCCCUCUGCCUCCCUCCCCCUCCCUUCCCCCUCUGCCUCCCUUCCCGUCCCUUCCCCCUCUGCCUCACUCCCCCUCCCUUCCCCCUCUGCCUCCCUCCCCCUCCCUUCCCCCUAUGCCUCCCUCCCCCUCCCUUCCCCCUCUGCCUCCCUUCCCGUCCCUUCCCCCUCUGCCUCCCUCCCCCUCCCUUCCCCCUCUGCCUCCCUCCCCCUCCCCUCCCCUUCUGCCGCCCUCCCCCUCCCUUCCCCCUCUACCUCCCUCCCCCUCCCUUCCCCCUCUGCCUCCCUCCCCCUCCCUUCCCCCUCUGCCUCCCUCCCCCUCCCUCCCCCUCUGCCUCCCUCCCCCUCCCUUCCCCCUCUGCCUCCCUCCCCCUCCCUUCCCCCUCUGCCUCCCUCCCCCUCCCUUCCCCCUCUGCCUCCCUCCCCCUCCCUUCCCCCUCUGCCUCCCUCCCCCUCCCUUCCCCCUCUGCCUCCCUCCCCCUCCCUUCCCCCUCUGCCUCCCUCCCCCUCCCUUCCCCCUCUGCCUCCCUCCCCCCCCCUUCCCCCUCUGCCUCCCUCCCCCUCCCUUCCCCCUCUGCCUCCCUCCCCCUCCCUUCCCCCUCUGCCUCCCUCCCCCUCCCUUCCCCCUCUGCCUCCCUUCCCCUCCCUUCCCCCUCUGCCUCCCCCUUCCUCCCAUCCCCCUUCUCCCCCUCGCUCCCCCGCUCUGCAGGAGUACUAUUUGGAUUUCUUCGCUAUGGACGCGUAUCACUUCACCCUGCACGUGCCUCUCAACGUCUACUCCUUCGAGUACUAUUUGGAUUUCUUCGCACUGGACGCGUAUCACUUCACCCUACACGUGCCACUCAACGUCUACUCCUUCGUCUCCGCCACUGUCGACCUGCACAACACGCAGAGAGUGGCUGAACGCUCAGUAGACGCCCUCCUAGCCCUCUGCCUGAGCUUGAGGAAGCGCCCGUCUAUCCGCUUCCAGAGGGGAUCAGAGUUAGCAAGACGUGUGGCACAUGAAACAGGGGUGAGUAGGGAGGGGGGAAGGAAGGGAGCGCAUCAUGUACGAGGCAGAGAAGCCCCUGUUCGACUUGAGGCACACGGACGCCCUGCCGCUGCUGCUCCUCGCUGCUUAUUACUGUCAUAUUCACUUUCCCCUCUACUUCCCUCCUUUCCCUCUCCCUUCACCCCCCAGCGCAUCAUGUACGAAGCAGAGAAGCCCCUCUUUGACUUCAGACGCACGGAUGCCCUGCCGCUGCUGCUGGUGGUGGACAGGCGGGACGACCCGGUUUCCCCGUUACUCACCCAGUGGACGUACCAGGCCAUGGUGCACGAGGUGAUAGGCAUUGAGAGCAACAAGGGGGAUCUGAGUCAUGUGGCCAACGUGAGGUCCCAGGGGUCCUCACUCGUGGAGAAGAGCACAAGUUUUCCCCUCAUCUCAUCGCCCACUCUCCCCUUGCCCGCCCCUCCCUGCCCUCCCCAGGCCAUGGUGCACGAGCUGAUAGGCAUAGAGAUCAACAAGGUGGAUUUGAGCCACGUGGCGAACGUGAGCCCUGAUCAGAGGGAGGUGGUGCUGGCAGCGGGGGAGGACGAGUUUUUCAAGCGCCACAUGUACGACAACUUUGGCGAUGUUGGGAGCGCCGUGGCCAAACUGGUUUCCGACUUGCAGAGCAAAGACAGGCGCAACAAGGGCAUUCAAACACUAGAGGGUGCGGCCCAGAGGGAGGUGGUGCUGGCAGCGGGGGAGGACGAGUUCUUCAAGCGCCACAUAUCAGAGGGUGCGGAUCAGAGGGUGCGGAUCAGAGGGUGCGGAUCGGAGGGUGCGGAUCAGAGGGAGGUGGUGGUGGCAGCGGGGGAGGACGAGUUCUUCAAGCGCCACAUGUACGACAACUUUGGGGACGUGGGGAGCGCCGUGGCGAAACUCGACUCGGACCUACAGAGCAAGGACGGGCGCAACAAGGGGAUUCAAACAUUAGAGGGUGCAGAUCAGAGGGUGCGGAUCAGCGGGUGCGGAUCGGAGGGUGCGGAUGAGAGGGAGGUGGUGGUGGCAGCGGGGGAGGACGAGUUCUUCAAGCGCCACAUGUACGACAACUUUGGGGACGUGGGGAGCGCCGUGGCGAAACUCGUCUCGGACCUACAGAGCAAGGACGGGCGCAACAAGGGGAUUCAAACAUUAGACAACAUGGCAGCAGUGCUCGAAUCAUACCCCGAGUACCGCAGGCAGGCGGGCAAUGUGGCGAAGCACGUUGCGAUAAUGACCGAGCUGCAGUGCGUGGUGGGGGGCAGGAAGCUCAUGGCCGUGUCUGAAGUGGAACAAGAAUUGGCAUGCACAUCAGGGCAGACCGCUGCUUUUGAGGCAGUAACAUCAAAGAUGGCGUCUCAAGACAUAGCAGACGUUGAUAAGCUGCGGCUAGCAGUAGCAGCAAAGCUGGCGUCUCAAGAUAUUGCCGAUGUGGACAAGCUGCGCCUGGCAGUAGCAGCAAAGCUGGCGUCUCAAGAUAUUGCCGAUGUGGACAAGCUGCGCCUGGCAGUAGCAGCAAAGCUGGCGUCUCAAGAUAUUGCCGAUGUGGACAAGCUGCGCCUGGCAGUAGCAGCGAAGCUGGCAUCUCAAGACAUAACAGACGUGGAUAAGCUAAGGCUGGUGAUGCUGUAUGCCCUGCGGUACGAAGAGGACAACCCGCGGCACCUCCAGGAACACAUUUCAUCCCACCCCUCCUCUCCUUCACGCUCUCCUCCCCGCCUCCCCACCACCCACCACCCACCAUCCACCACCCACCACCAGGCAGUAGCAGCAAAGCUGGCGUCUCAAGAUAUUGCCGAUGUCGAUAAGCUUCGGCUGGCAGUAGCAGCAAAGCUGGCGUCUCAAGAUAUUGCCGAUGUCGAUAAGCUUAGGCUGGUGAUGCUGUAUGCCCUGCGGUAUGAGGAGGGCAGCCCACGGCACCUGCAAGCGCUGAUCAACAAGUUGAGCGAUGUGUGCCGCAACCCCAAGUACAAGGCUGGGGUGAGUGGAGUGGGGGAGUGGGAUGAGGAACUGUGUGUGGUAUGUUCGGAUCAAAGAGGAGCGUCGCGGAUCUGUACGACAGCAUGGAUACACCACACUCCCUUCGACCCACCCAUUGCUGCAAUCCCUCCCUCUGUCUCGUACCCUCCCAUUGCUUCAUGUGCGCGCCGGCUUGUAUACACUCUUCUGCGCCAAUUCGGAUCAAAGAGGAGAGUGGCUGAUCUGUAUGGCAGCAGGGACUUGCUCAAUAUGGUAGCCAGGAAUGUGAAGCGAGGCCUCACGGGCGUGGAGAAUGUGUACACGCAGCACCAGCCGCUCAUAGCGCAGAUCAUCGAUGCUGCCACUAAGGGGCGGCUUUAA